AAGUUGCUGUCAAGGCAGCCCGCUAUGACCCUGAUGAGGACAUCAGCCAGACCAUUGAGAAUGUCCGCCAAGAGGCCAAGCUCUUUGCAAUGUUAAAGCAUCCCAACAUCAUUGCCCUCAGAGGCGUGUGUUUGAAGGAACCUAAUCUUUGCUUGAUCAUGGAGUUUGCCCGUGGAGGAUCACUAAAUAGAGUGUUGUCUGGUAAAAGGAUACCUCCUGACAUACUAGUCAACUGGGCAGUACAGAUUGCGAGGGGAAUGAACUACCUGCACGAGGAAGCAAUUGUUCCCAUAAUUCACCGUGACCUGAAGUCCAGCAACAUACUGAUACUCGAAAAGGUGGAAAAUGGAGAUCUGAGCAACAAGAUAUUGAAGAUCACGGAUUUCGGCUUGGCCAGGGAAUGGCAUAAAACUACCAAAAUGAGCGCAGCUGGGACAUAUGCCUGGAUGGCUCCUGAGGUCAUCCGCUCCUCCAUGUUCUCCAAAGGCAGCGAUGUGUGGAGUUAUGGCGUGCUGCUUUGGGAACUGCUAACAGGAGAAGUACCGUUCCGAGGAAUUGAUGGUCUUGCAGUAGCAUAUGGUGUUGCCAUGAAUAAACUUGCCCUUCCAAUCCCUUCCACAUGUCCAGAGCCUUUUGCCAAACUCAUGGAAGAUUGUUGGAACCCUGACCCACACUCACGACCUUCCUUUGCCAGUAUCCUAGACCAUCUCACUGCCAUAGAAGAGUCUGGUUUCUUUGAAAUGCCCAAAGAUUCCUUCCACUCCCUGCAGGAAGACUGGAAACAAGAGAUCCAAGAGAUGUUUGAUCAGCUCAGAGCCAAAGAAAAGGAGCUGCGCACAUGGGAAGAAGAGCUGACUCGUGCUGCUGUUGAACAGAAGAACCAUGAGGAGUUGCUACGAAGGCGGGAACAGGAGCUGGCAGAACGUGAGAUUGACAUCCUGGAAAGGGAGCUCAACAUCAUCAUCCACCAGCUGUGUCAGGAGAAGCCUCGGGUGAAGAAACGCAUGGGGAAGUUCAAGAGGAAUCGUCUCAAGUUAAAAGAUGGCAAUCAUAUCAGCCUGCCUUCAGAUUUCCAGCAUAAAUUCACUGUGCAGGCUUCUCCAACGAUGGAUAAAAGGAAAAGCUUGAUCAGUAGCUGCUCCAGCCCUCCUGCAAGUCCUACCAUUAUUCCCAGACUCAGGGCCAUACAGUGUAAGGAGCUCAAUGUAGUGUGGGGACGAAGCUCAGUCCUUCCAAAGGAGGAAGGAGAGGAAGAAGAGAAGAGAGGCCAGAAGAAAAAGGGGCGUACUUGGGGACCAAGCUCACUUUGUCACAAGGACCUAGGUGCAGGAGAAGAUGGUCUGAAAGCUCUCAUGGAAGGAUACAAACAGUGGUCAUCCAGUGCACCGAACCUUGGGAAGAUCCAGAGAACUGCGCCUGCUUUUCCAGGAUUCACCAGCUUAGCAGAGAUGGAUGAUGAAGAUAGCGAAUGUCUUAAUGGGGAGGGCAAAGUGCACCCUUCACCUGGGCACAAUCAGUCAUACCUCUGCAUCCCAUUUCAGAAGAAUGAAGAGUGGGAUGGCCCUUCUAGUGAUGCCAAUGAGGAGUCCACACCAGUGAACUCUGCUACUAGUACCCCACAGCUGACACCCACCAACAGCCUCAAACGUAGUGGUUCCCAACACAAGCGAUGUGAAAUUGCAUUGCUUGGCUGUGGAGCAGUGCUGGCUGCUGCAGGCCUGGGUUUUGAUCUGUUAGAAGCAGGGAAGUGUCAGCUGCUGAUUGAGGAGGAGCCAGAGGCACCCAAGGAAGAGAAGAAGAAGCGUGACAGCAUUUUCCAGCGAGCUGGACGCCCACGCAGGAGCACUAGUCCACCUUCCCGAAAGAUCUUCAAGAAAGAUGAUCCCAUGUUGUUGCUAGGCGAGCCAUCCACAUCCCUCACCCUUCUUUCCCUGUCUUCCAUUUCCGAAUGUAAUUCCACUCGGUCCCUGCUGCGCUCAGACAGCGAUGAGAUUGUGGUGUAUGAAAUGCCUGUCAGCCCAGUGACAGUCAAGGCUCCCUUGCCAGCCAUUACCAACCCACUAGUCAAUGUCCAGAUUGAGAGGUUCAAACAAGAUCCCAACCAGUCCCUGACUCCCACACACGUGACGGUGUCUUCCCACACCCAUCAAAGCGGGCACAGGCGCACACCUUCUGAUGGGGCCAUCAAAGGGAGUGGACUAGUUGUCAAUGGGUGCCCAACCAGUGGAUGCCCUUCCAGUAGCUGUUUAACUGGAGCACUGGGAGCAGGUGUAUUAAAAACACCUAGUCCAAGUAGAGAUCCCAAUGAGGUCCCUCGCCUGCCAGACCCCAACCUUGUUUUUCCUCCAACCCCGAGACGAUGGAAUGCACAGCAGGACCCCACACUGGAAAGACCCAAGACAUUGGAGUUCCUGCCCCGGCCACGUCCUGCAGCCAGUCGGCAACGGCUUGAUCCCUGGUGGUUUGUGUCACCCAGCAAUGCCAAGGGUGAAUCUUCUGCCAACAGUUCGAGUACUGAUACUCCAAGCAAUCUGGACUCUUGUUUUGCUAGUAGCAGCAGCACUGUAGAAGAGAGACCUGGACUGCCUGCACUGCUUCCUUUCCAGGUGGGUCUUCCUGUAGAGGAGCGGACACUGUUGGACAUAGAUGCUGAGGGGCAGAGCCAGGACAGCACCAUUCCGCUAUGCAGAAGUGAACUUAACACACAAAAAGCUGCAGCAUAUGAACUGAAGCAAGAAUUCUGGUCUUAGUAUGAAAUCUGCUGGGGACAGUGAGCCCCUCUAAAUUCAAUCCUACUUUUUGCACUGAGAAUGCACUUUGAAGACAGAUGAGAUGGAGGGAUGCUACAGAGAUCAUAUGGUGCUGCCUCUGCUGAAGAUGUGUUGUUCGACUGCCUGAUUUUUGUCUGCAGUUGGAUGAAACGUGGCAACUCUGAGCUGCUGACUUUUGCUGUGGGGUUUUUCUGUAGUCUUCCCUGCCCUCUUAUUGCAGUUUGAAUCUGCAAUGAGCUAAAAUUAUCAUAUCA